GACCAGUCAACAAUGAUCGAGUUUACAGCAACCCUUGUGUAAUGACACUCUAUGUCAGCAAACGAAUUAUAUUUAAUUCGUCUUUUUUAUUACGUUUGUAGUUUCAACACAUUAAUAUAUCCACUCACAGCACAGCAUUAGAUUUCAAUUCCAGUUCAAACCAAAAUGUUUUGUACUGCUCACCAGUAAUUAACUUCACAUGGACAAGAUGGAUGAGAAUAUUACUGGCUGUAUAUGUUUGAUCUGUGGUAUACCUGGAGCAGGAAAGAGCUGGUUCAUUAAAAAUUUAAACAGCUUAAUAAAUGAACAAGAACUCUGGAGAGAAAAAGAUCAUGUAAUGAUCAAUAUAUGUAAAACAAAACAAGAGAUAGUAUCACAAGACGAAAAAAGAAUUAUCCAAAAGGCUAACAUUUUCAAGCAUGUCUACAACAUUAUUUAUGAUCAGUUUGUUUCAUCAGACACGCAACAACAACUGAUUCUUGAGCCAGGAGCUUGGAGAGGGAGUAGAAAAAGCCUAAUUGAUAAUGUUGAAGCACUUCUAAAUGAUGUUGGCUUUAGGCCUGAAAACAGAAAGGAAGAUGUAGCAGUAAAGAGAGAUUGUUCAAGUGAAAAUAUAGUAUUACAGAAAACUUUAAGUGAAAGCAAUUUAAAGCCAAGCUGUUCUGGUCACUGUGUGUUGUUUCUUGUAGAAGAUAACAUGUAUUACCAUAGCAUGAGAUACCAGUGGUUUCAACUAGCAAAGAAAUAUGGUGUAGGGUUUUGUCAACUUUUUCUCCAGUGCUCCUUGAAAGAAGCUAUUCAAAGGAAUAAGAUACGAGUAAAUAAAGUUCCAGAAUCAGUUAUUAGAAAUAUGUUCAAGAAAUUAGAGAUUCCUGACAUGGAGCAAAAUAAGUGGGAGAAGAAUAGCUUGAUUAUAGACACAUCAGUCAACACCAGCUGGUUUAAAAGUCAUCUGAAUAAAAUAAUCAGCCUCAUACACCAUGCUGCCAUCAAUCCAUAUUACAGUAUAGAAAAGGAUGAAUCAGAAAAGGUAGACCAGAAUCUUGUUUUUGACAGUAAAAAGCAAGCAGCACAAGUCACAUGUUGCUGUAACACCAUACAUCAAGCAGAUAACAUUUUGAGGACACUUACUGGUGAAAAAAUUACAGCUGUGAAAAAAACUACCAGCAACAAACAGGAACUUCAACAGUAUGCAAAAAAAGUAAAUAAUGCAAGGCAGGCUGUCUUAACUAAACUGAGAGAAGGCAAAGAAAAGUUUCCACAAAAAAUUAUACAAUCUGUACAAGAAGGGAAAACAAAUGAAGUACGAGAGAAUAUUAUGUUCAUCCUUUUGGAGCUUUUGGAAAAAAAUAUGGACUGAAAACUUAAUAGCUGCUUGAAGUAUAAUAAUAAUAAAUUACUACACGUGAAAUUAAUACAUGUAAACCAUUAAAAUUGAUUAAAAUAACUUUUACAGAAUAAAGAAAAUUGUGGUAUUCUGUGUCACAUAUUGAUGAAUAGGAAACAAAUAAAUUGUAAGCAUAAUAAUAGGGCAAGUUCUAUAAUGAUAAAGAAAAAUAAUUUAUAUCAGUGUUGUUAUGAGAGAUGACUUGCACAAUGAUAACAAUUACAAACAAAGAUUUCAAUUAUUAGUAAAAACUUUUAUAAUAGUGGUUGACUUAUUCGGUGUGACUAUUUGUUAUUAAAAAGCUUUACAAAUCAUGAUCGAGUUCUCUUAGAGUAAGAAGUGAGAUUGGUUGUUUUAUGUAUAAUUGUUUAUACUGCUAUUAAAAGACUGUCAAGUCUUAUUUACAGACCCAAUAACAACAGACAUACCAAGGAAGCUUACUGACAAAUCAGUAGAGUUAACAUUUUAUAUAAAAACUCAAAGUUUAGCCCUUUUAAAAAUUGUUACUCAUCAACUGUAUUAUAUAAUAAUGUUAAUUCUACUUCAUCAAGGGCCUUACAAUUUCAAAUAAAAGCAAUUUACAAUGUAUAUCAAUUAUAAACAAAGAAACUGCUUAAUUUGAAAAUUAAAUUCUCCCAACAUUUUUCUGUACUUCUCAAGUGAAUAGGAAAACUUAAUAGUUGCUUGAAUUGUAAUAAUAAUACACUACACAUGAAAUUAAUAUGUAAACUGUUGGAUGAUACUUAAAUGCUGCUUGUGUUAGUUAUACUUACAUAAGAAGAGGGGAACAUGAUUGACGUAUUUGGCCUAUAUUUAUCUCUGGUGCUUAAGUAAUUUUUUCUUAUACAUCAAGAUAAUAUUGCUGACCUCAUAAGACUAUCUUUAUUAUGUGUGGACAAAACUGCAAGAUUUCUUACCCAUUUCACAUUCUAUCUGUACCUCUUAAAAUUAUUACUUCCUUAAUCAGCAUCAUUGACUUUUUACAAAAGUAAACAGUGCCUAUUUUAAUUUGGUCAUAAUCAUGUUAACUCACAUAUGCAUAUUUAGCUAUACACACCUCACGUGCACAAGGUCUAUCCACUGGACUGACCCAAUAUUGCAGAAGGAAUGUUGACUAUAGUUCUGAAUUUACUGUGAAUAUCUACACAAAAUGUUGUAAGCUUUUAGUAAGAUGUUUACAAAAUUAUUUGUACUAAAGAUAUGUCUGUGAACUGUUGGCAUCAGUUGGAUAUGGGCUCUUGACAAGUCAGAAUGUAAAAUGAAGUUUACAUGAAGAAUAAAAAUACCAUCUUACACUUUACACAUUGCAUUUGCAUAACUUCUAGAACCUCCAAAAUGCACAUCUAAUUCUUUUUUUGGUACCUCUGGAUAUUUUAUCUAGUAUUUACUCUCCUUUACCACAAAGUUUUUUCUAAAUCAGCAAUGUAAUGUAAAAUUAGUAGUUGAUAACUUCCGACGUCAAAUACAUAAUACCAUGUUGAAUGUAGCAUGUGGAUGUUGACCCCCAAACCCACGCAUUUUCCAGUUAUUUGAUUAGAUCAAUAUGACACUGUGCACUUAUGUUUUUCAUCUUUUCACUUGGUUAUAUUCCAUUUAUUUUUAAUGUUUUAAUUUAACUGGAGCAAAGCUAAAUUAAAAGAUGAAUUUUUUUACUUAGACAAAUUUUGUCUAAUUUCAAUUUUAUGGAAUCAAAAAUAUAUUAAUCACUAGAUUUGGUAACUUUUCACUUGGUAAAAAUAACUUAAAAUUACUAAACUUUACUAAAUGCUACCCUUUUUUAACAUAUUCCAUUGACUUAAUGCAACUUUUAACCCCUUGCUUACUAUAGAGGCAUACUUAAGUUAGUUUUCACACUCAAUCCAAUGGUUAUGGCUUUGUAGGCUCUUUUUACAAUAAAUAAAUCAAAUAAAAAAUUUCAAUAUUUUUGUCAAAUUUCCCAAUUUUUCUUGUGUUCAUGGAAAUACAAAAUGUCUGGUUAUGAUUUGUCUCUUGAAUUUCAUGCAAAACCACUUGAAGGCUAUCUGAGCUAGCCUUCUCUAAGUUAGAAGUAAUAGCCUAGAGGGAAGUCACCUAGUCAACACUACCUACUGCCUACUCUAAUCAGAUAGUGGGAUUCAUCUUUACAAUAUAAUGACCCCACAACUGAAAGGGCAAGCAUGUUUGGUGAUGGGAUGCCAACUCAGAGAUUAUGAGUUGAGCACCCGAACCAUCAGGCCACAUCUGGUUGUGAAAGGUUUAAUGCUACAUGAUCAAAUCAAAGUUAUAUUACAAAUAUUACUAUUAAUUUUUACUUUUCUUUUAGCAAACAUAUCUGUAAUGACUAAGCUUUAAAGUGACAUACAUCUCUGAAAUUAUUUGUAAAAUAAAAAUAGUAAAAUAAUUAUAAACUUGUUCCAUACUGGCCAGGUAAUUAAUGGUUAUAAAAUUAGUGAUUAAAGAUUGACAUAUAUAGCCUGCAUGUAAUAUUGACUAAAACAAUAAGGAUACAUUCACUAUGAAGCCUAUCAUGCAAUACUGACAGAACCUGUGAGGAUAGAUUUAUACAUACAACACCAGAGCAAGUAUAUAUGUCUAGUAAGAGAAGAUAAUACAAUAAAUGAAAAUCAUCAGGAAACAUUACUAUUGAUAAAUUAAGCUUAUUAUAACAUUUUGAUAGACCCAAUGAAGAAAGAUUUGCACAAGAAACUCAUCAAGAUAAACUAAGAACUUAGUUAUGAAAGAUUCACAUAUAACCUCUUCAGAACAUAUUGAGCCCUGUGAGAAAAAUAUCCAGUAUAAACUCAUGAGCAAAUAUUGGAAGAACCAACCAAACAAUAAAUGUUUACACAGGAAGCUCCCUAGAAGGAACCUAGUGAAGAAAAUUUUACACAGAAAUCAACUUGGAGAGAGUAACAGAUUCAAUAAUUAAAAAUUUAUACCAGGAGCCCAAGGACAUACUUAAACAAUAAGAAAUAAUAAAAAACAUAUCCAUUUAGGAAAUAUUGACAGAUAAAUGAGCAAAGACUUCCACAUGCAGCUCAUCAGAGCAAGUUGAGAAACCCUGUGAUAAGAGGUAUACACAUAAAAACAAAUUGACAGAUCCAUUUUUUUGCAUGAUAUUCACCAUAUCAAGAAAUCCAAAGAAGCUAAUACUAGCUUACUGGUAAACCCAAGUACAAAGAGACUUAUAAAUGAAGCUUAUCAGAACUAACUGAAAAACAAUUUACAUAUGAAGACAAUAACAGUGAACUGACAGACCAAGUGAAAAAGCCUCACACAGAAAAUACAGUGAGGAAAAGAUUUGCAGAAAAAAAACAUAAAGACAUAGUACCACACUUCAUUAAGAAAUAUGUACACACAAACACAUUAAAAGACACUAUAGAAUUUAACCAUGAAGCUUAUCAGAAUACAUUAACAGGGCAUGUGAUUAAGUCAAGCCAGUCAGAUCAAUAAAUACUUUAAAAUGUUUUGACUUUUUAUACUGAACUACUGAAAGAAAUUCAUGGUAUAAUUAGUUUACAAAAUAUUAUAAUAAAUAACAUUUAACAUUAUUUGUAUUCUAUUAAAAAAACACGUCAUCUAAAAUCACCAUACAGUUGAAACUCUUUUAUUCAGAUUCUUCAUGACAUAGUUGAUUUUUUCACAGUCCAUCUUAAUUAAACAAAAAUUUUGAACUAAGAUAAAA